CCCAGGCUCCGCCUCUUUUCUUAAGUUGCCUGAUAGUAAGUGGCGGUUUCAGAGCACAUGCAUGUGUCAAGGCUAGCCUGCCCCGCCGCUCCCUGAGCUGUUACCUGCUGAGGAAUUCACCUCGACAUUGCCUGGGGUGUCGUCCACCGGUCACGGAAUCAGAAAAGUUGUGUUCUCUGACACCGAAGAGGAAAUUUCACUUUCUGAGGACAAUUUCAAGACACUGAAGUACAAGGAGGUGGUAUUCCCAGAGAGAUAAAACAUGACUAAAAGCACUGGAGAGGAGCCCAGGAUGGGGCGCCGCAUGGAGAGAUUCCAGCAAGGAGUCCGCAAGCGCACACUUCUGGCCAAGAAGAAAGUACAGAACAUCACAAAAGAGGAUGUUAAAAGUUACCUGUUUCGGAACGCUUUUGUGCUGCUCACUAUCACGGCCGUCGUUGUGGGUACAAUCCUUGGAUUUGCCCUCCGACCAUAUAAAAUGAGCUACCGGGAAGUCAAAUACUUCUCCUUUCCUGGAGAGCUUUUGAUGAGGAUGCUGCAGAUGCUGGUUCUGCCUCUGAUCAUCUCCAGUCUGGUCACAGGAAUGGCGGCCCUAGAUAGUAAGGCAUCAGGGAAGAUGGGAAUGCGAGCCGUAGUCUAUUACAUGACUACUACCGUCAUCGCUGUGGUGAUUGGCAUAAUCAUUGUCAUCAUCAUCCAUCCUGGAAAGGGCACCAAGGAAAACAUGUACCGAGAAGGUAAAGUUGUGCAAGUGACGGCUGCAGAUGCCUUCCUGGAUUUGAUCAGGAACAUGUUCCCUCCCAAUCUGGUGGAAGCCUGCUUUAAACAGUUUAAAACCAGCUAUGAGAAGAGAAGCUUUAAAGUGCCCAUCCAGCCCAACGAGACACUCCUGGGUGCCGUGAUCAACAACGUGUCAGAGGCCAUGGAGGCUCUGACCCGGAUACGGGAGGAGAUGGUACCAGUUCCUGGCUCUGUGAAUGGGGUCAAUGCCUUGGGCCUAGUUGUUUUCUCCAUGUGCUUUGGCUUUGUAAUCGGAAACAUGAAGGAGCAGGGGCAAGCUCUCAGAGAGUUCUUCGACUCUCUGAACGAAGCCAUCAUGAGACUGGUCGCGGUGAUAAUGUGGUAUGCACCUCUGGGCAUCCUCUUCUUGAUCGCAGGGAAAAUUGUUGAGAUGGAAGACAUGGGUGUGAUUGGGGGGCAGCUGGCCAUGUACACGGUGACAGUCAUUGUUGGCCUCCUCAUUCACGCUGUCAUCGUCCUGCCGCUCCUCUACUUCCUGGUAACCCGGAAGAACCCCUGGGUUUUCAUUGGAGGGUUGCUGCAAGCGCUCAUCACAGCCCUGGGGACCUCCUCAAGCUCGGCCACCCUGCCCAUCACCUUCAAGUGCCUGGAGGAGAACAACGGUGUGGACAAGCGCAUCACCAGAUUCGUGCUCCCCGUGGGCGCCACCAUUAACAUGGACGGGACCGCCCUCUACGAGGCACUGGCUGCCAUUUUCAUUGCUCAAGUUAACAACUUUGACCUGAACUUUGGACAGAUUAUUACAAUAAGUAUCACAGCCACAGCUGCAAGCAUUGGGGCAGCUGGGAUUCCUCAGGCGGGUCUGGUCACCAUGGUCAUUGUGCUGACAUCUGUGGGCCUGCCCACAGACGACAUCACACUCAUCAUCGCCGUGGACUGGUUUUUGGACCGCCUCCGAACCACCACCAACGUGCUGGGCGACUCCCUCGGAGCGGGGAUUGUUGAGCACUUGUCACGCCACGAACUGAAGAGCCGAGAUGUUGAAAUGGGGAACUCUGUGAUUGAGGAGAAUGAAAUGAAAAAGCCGUAUCAGCUAAUUGCCCAGGACAAUGAACCUGAGAAACCCGUGGCCGACAGUGAGACUAAGAUGUAGCCUGGCCCGGAAGUACUUUCUUGAGCACCAGGUGUUGGAAAACUAUUCCGUGAUGUGUCUCAAACUCAUUGAGCUCACCCCUGCAGUGAGCCCUUCUCUUUCCUCCCUACUCUGCUAGGAUUGGAAAAAAAAAAAUGUCCAAACACAAGGGAGGGCUUUGUAGCAGCCAAAAUGUAUAGGUUUUAGCCCCACAUUUAAGCAUUUUAAAGUAUUUCCUAUCAUACUUACCAGUUAAGUUACUGCAAUCAAGCGCGGCUUUGAUAUUACAAAUUUAGAUGAUCCUAUGCGAUUGUUUCGUAAGUAAAAAGCAUUAAACAAAUGAUAUGUUUAAAAAAAAAACACUUUAAAAUCAACACUCAAAAAUUUAAAACCCUUCAGAACACAACUGAGUUUUAGUCUUAAAACAACAACAUGACGAGCAGUUAUU